GAAGUGUUGACCGGCAGGAGGGAGGGCUGAGAGAAGGUGUCUCACAUGAACAGACCCCUUCAGGACUGGUGGAGGACAAAACGGAGAUAGACAGGGAGCCAUUGAGAACAUGGCAAAAUGGCACGACCAGAACACCAGUUUGGCCUCCCAGGUGCUGCUGACAUCCAGCCAGGUGGCUGGUGCAGAAGGGUGGUGUGUCUGCUGGCCGCUGUGACUCUCACCAAGGGGCUCCUGCUCACUGUGGCUUUCUUCUUCUUGAAGCUGGCCGCACGGAAGCAGGAGCACCUGGCGCAUUGCCAUGCCCACCUCAACGCCACGGCAGUCCUGCUCAAUGCCACCCAAGAGGAGAUGUGUACACACUGUCCGCCACCAUGGUCCUGCUACGAGACCCGCUGCUACUACUUUUCUGCAGGACGGGAGGGGGCCCGCACCUGGAACGAAAGCGCCCAGUUCUGCAUGCAGUGGGAUGCCAGCCUGGCUGUCAUCGAUGAUCUCCGAGAGAUGGAGUUCAUCCAGGCAGAGAUGAGGACAUUGGCGCUGCCACAGUUCCCGUGGGUCGGUCUGACAGACAGUGCCGAGGAGGACCGGUGGCUCUGGCAGGACGGGAGCCUCCACCGCGAUCGCGCUCUGCCCAGUGUGCAGUGGAACUCUGACCAGAGGGACUGUGUUGACGUCAGGGGAGACGGGAGUCUGUUUGCUGUCAACUGCGAGGCGGUCGGGCCCUGGGUGUGCGAGAGGCCUGCAGUCAGACGCCAUCUGGCAGCCCCCAGCUCCAGCCCUGGCCCUCCAAUGGCCCCCAGGUCACCCUGACUGUGUGUGUGAGACGUGGGACUCAUUGCGCUGCCGUGCACAAGUUCAACUGAACUUAGACGGGAGUUGGAUGGUAACACCCUGAGUGCUCAGCAGACACUCGCUUCCUUGCUCAUUGUGGGGUUUUGGACAAGCAGAUCAUGCUGCACAGCUGAGGUGGAACAGAGCCCCUGGACUACUGCUUAUUCCGUUGCUCUCGUUCAAACCCGUUCCCAGCUCUUUUUACGCACUG